GAUUGGCUACCGUUGAUGUCUGUCUGGAAAGCGGGCGGUGCUUACUGUCGCAGGUUGGAUGCUCUGCAGUGAGCGGAGCGCGAGAGAGGCGCAAGGUGGUGAAGCGGUGGCGGCGUUACUUUUUUUUUUCUUCUUCUCACGAUCUUUUGAUCUAUGCAUGGCUGUCCGAGAACGCUACUAAGUGGAGGUUAUUUGCAAAGGGUAAUCAGCGAGUUUGUUUCAUUUUUUUUUUUUACUUGUGGACUGGCUUUUUGAGUGUCGCCUCACGAUGGGACGAAGCCGGGCGUCGCUUUAGCUUCUACUAUUUGGGAUUCAUCUAGAGACAACACAGAUGGUCGCUUUGUCCCUUCGCCUCGCGCCACUAGUGCCCUAAAGCGACCUGACUUGAACGCCCCUACAAUCACUCCGUCUCGUACCAUGGACAUCACUUUCUCCGAGUUGAUGAGGAACUUCUUGGAGUGCCCUCUGGUGACUUGGGUUAAAACCUUUGGACCUCUGGGAACAGGAGAUGGAGAUAAGCUGUCUAUGUACAUGGAUCUGGUGGAUGGCAUCUUUUUAAACAAAAUUAUGGUACAGAUAGACCCGAGUCCUUCCAAUCAGAGAGUAAAUAAAAACAUCAACAACGAUGCACUGCUUCGAAUCCAGAACCUCUCAAUACUCGUUAGACACAUCAAGAACUGCUACCAGGAGACUCUGCAGCAGUUGAUAGUCAUGAACUUGCCCAAUGUGCUGACUGUUGGGAAAGACCCCUUUUCAGAAAAGAGCAUAGAGGAAAUGAAGAAGCUGCUGCUCCUCAUCCUGGGAUGUGCUGUGCAGUGUGAACGAAAGGAGGAAUUUAUUGAGAAAAUUAAACAGUUGGAGAUCGAGACCCAAGCUGCUAUAGUCAGUCACAUUCAAGAGGUUACCCACAAUCCAGAGAAUGUCUUUGAUGUGCAGUGGUUGGAACAGCCUGGUGGCCUGCCAUAUGAAGAGAUGGAUUCAGUGUGUCGGAGUAUGAUGUCCCAUCUUCGCAAGCUCAUAGAUGACCGAGAUGACUGCUUUGAGCAUAUUUUAGAUUUGACGCAAGAGCGUGAUUAUCUGCUGACACAACAGCCUUCCAGUCCCAUGAAGAAUAAUCUUGAAUCACUACAUGGGAAUAUCUCCGUAAUCACUAAAGACGACCGACAGCAUUUGGCAGUUGAGUUGGCUGAAUAUAAAUCCAAGCUACGUAGGACAAGGCAGGAGCUAGAGGAAAAAAGCGAGCAGCUGAUGGAUGCCAGAAAUGAAGUAGAUCGACUAGAUGUGGAGAUGCAGAAACUGCGGCAGGAGAACUCACAUUUAUCAGCAGACUCACGAUCCAUGCGUGCUUAUCGUGAUGAAUUGGAUUCUCUGCGUGAAAAGGCUGGCAAAGUAGACAGACUGGAGACUGAGUUGACUCGGUGCAAGGAAAAGCUUCAAGAUGUCCAUUUCUACAAAGCCCGCAUGGAGGAGGUCCGUGAUGACAAUGUUACACUGCUGGAAACCAAGGCGAUGCUAGAGGAGCAGCUAACCCUGACAAGGAGUCGAUGUGAUAAACUGCAUGAAUUAGAGAAAGAAAACCUGCAACUGAGAUCCAAGUUGCAUGACUUGGAAAUUGACAGAGAUACAGAUAAGAAGCGGAUUGAGGAACUUUUAGAAGAAAAUAUGAUGCUGGAGAUUGCUCAGAAGCAGAGCAUGAAUGAAUCGGCCCAUUUGGGAUGGGAACUGGAACAGCUUUCCAAGAGUACUGAUGUCAAUGAUGCCUGCAAGUCUUUUGUGUUUGAGCUCAAUGAAUCUGCAUCCAGCCGUAUCCUAAAGCUAGAGAAAGAAAAUCAAGGGUUGCAGAAUAUGAUCCAGGAGUUGCGGGAUGCAUCAUUUACCCUGGAGGAGGGUAAUCUUCAAGUCCAGCAGCUGAAUAAAAAGGUGGAACAGCUUGAAUCCCAGCUGGAUAAGGAGAAACAAGCAAACCAAGACAUGGAGACCCUGGUGGAAGACCUGCUAAAAGAGAAACAGCAGUUGAAGGAUACUAAUGAGAGCAGACAAACUGACAGAGACAGACAGAUUUCAGAAUUACAGCAUGAAAAUGAACAUCUAAGACAAACGGUGGAUUCCCUUCGUCAGAGGACCCAGGUCAGUACCGAGGCCAGAGUGAAGGAGAUAGAGAAAGAAAACAGGAUCCUUCAUGAGAGCAUCACAGACACAGGCAGCAAGUUGACUCAGCUGGAGUUUGAGAAGAAGCAAAUCCAAAAGGAGCUGCUACUGCUGAAGGAAAAGUCAGAGAAAUCAGAUGAACUGGAAAGAGAGGUGCAUAAGCUUGAGCAUACUAAUGAAGGACUCCAAAAAAAAGUAGCCGCCUUACAGAUCACAUGUGACAAAAUCAAAGCACUUGAGCUGGAGAACUCUGGGCUGGAGAUAGAAAACCGAAAACUAAAGAAGCUAGUCGAUACGGCACAGAAUGCAUCCCUCAAGAUAGAAGCCCUUGAAAUUGAAAACCAACAGCUAGAGCAAGAGAAUCUAGAAAUGAGGAGGACAGUGGAGACUUUGAAAUUUGCAAAUGUGAAACUGUCUCAAAUAGAAGCUGAACAUAAAGAACUUGAAAAAGAGAAGGAGGAGUUGGUUAGAAGUGUGGAAAUACUAAAGGUCUUGAGUAAAAAAUAUGAGAAGCUGGAGCUUACUUACCAAGGCCUUGAUUCUGAAAACCAGAGGCUCCAGCAAACAUUGGAGAACAGCAACAAAAAGAUGCAGCAUCUAGAGAAAGAGUUGCAGGAUACAGAGAAGGAAAAUCACGUGCUACAGAAGAACAUGGAGGAGCUGAAGAUUGCCAGCAAAAGAUUGGAAAAGUUAGAACUUGAUCAGCAUUGCCUUGAGCAGGAAGUAUGUCAGCUGGAGAAGGACAAAAAGCAUUUGGAGAAGGAGGCCAAGCGGCUACGGCAGCAGGUGGAGGUGAAAGAGGCAGCAUUAGAUGAGAGCUGUGCCAAAGUGUCAACAUUAGGAAAGGAGAAUAAAGUGCUUGAAAAGGAACUGAGCAAGUUCAAGGAGGCUCACAGCAAAGCUAAAGAGCUGGAGAAGGAGAUAAAAGAAUUACAGAAACAAGCCACCAUUGACAAGCGGACACUAGCGACCCUCAGAGAGGAUUUGGUGCAUGAAAAGCUAAGAAGUCAACAGCAAUCCAACGAACUAGAGAAGCUGAACCAUGAGUUGGAGAAAAUUGGACUGAACAAGGAGAAGUUGCUUCAGGAGGAGCACAGUACAGAUGACAACAAGUACAGAAUUUUGGAGUCGAAGAUUGAGUCAACACUAAAAAGGACACUUGAGAUCAAAGAAGAGAAGAUUCUGUCCCUGGAGUCUCGACUUGAGGAAUCCAGCAGCCUGAACCAACAGCUUCGUAGUGAACUCACAUCAGUGAAAAGGAAUCUGGAGGCUCUAAAACAGAGGAAGGAGGAAGAGGAGGCUUACACCCCGGCGUAUCAGCAGCCCAACCACCAAGUCAUGGAAAAGUGGGAAACGGAACGCAGGGAGGCCACCAUGGAGCUGCUGAAAGUGAAAGAUCAAGUUAUUGACAUAGAGAAGAAUAAUGCAGCACUUCAAGUUGAGAAGCAUCUGCUAAAGGAGCAACUCAAGCAGCUAGGCACCCAGAACCAUCUGCUCAAUAGUCAGAUCUUGGCACUACAGAAGCAGGCAGCCUCCUUACAGGAGCAUAACAGUGCCUUGCAGACUCAGACAGCAAAACUUCAGGUAGAAAACUCCACCCUCAACUCCCAGACUGCUUCACUAAUGGCUCAGAAUGCUAUGAUGCAAAGUCAGCAGACAUUGGUGGAGAAUGAAGUCGAAAAUGUUAUGAAGCAAAAAGAGGAGCUGAAGAUUAGUCACGACUCACUUCUUCAAGACCAUGAGAGGGUUAUGGUGCUGCAUGAGCGUCAGUCUCAGGAGUAUGAAACAUUAAUUGAUCAGCAUGGCAACUUAAAAGCAGCCCACAGAGCUCUGGAACAGGAGUACCGCGAUCUGGGAGACAGGUACACAGUGCUGCUGAAAAGAAAAGAAGAGAUGGAACAACAAGAGUUGGCAUUUAAGAAGGAAAGUGAGAGUUUAAAAAUGGAAAAGAUGAAGAAUUCCCUUCUAUUGGGAGAGAAAGAGAGUCUGAAAGAAGAGAUGGAGAGGUUGACCUAUGCGCACAGUCAACUACAGCAGGAAUACGGUACACUUCAAGUACAUAACAAGGACCUAAAGAGCACACUAAACUCCGCACAGCUGGAGCUAAACCGCUGGCAGGCACUUGUUGAUGAACUCAAAGAACAAAGCCAGAGCUUGGACAUUACCCUGGCCAAGCGGGAAAACCACUGUGAGCUGCUAACCCGCCUGAAAGGAAACCUGGAGGAGGAGAAUCACCAUCUGCUUAGUCAAAUCCAGAUGCUGAGUCAGCAGAACCAGAUGUUACUGGAAAGGACCAUGGAGAGCAAGGAACUCUUUCAUGAGGAGCAGAAGCAGUACAUUGACAAACUAAAUUCUCUUAGAAGACAGAAGGAGAAACUGGAAGAGAAAAUAAUGGACCAGUACAAGUUCUAUGAUCCUGCACCUAAAAAAAAAAACCACUGGGUUGGCGCUAAAGCUCUGGUGAAGUUGAUUAAGCCAAAGAAAGACACUACAAAAGAACAAUCCAGAUCCACCAGUGAAAACCCUUUGCCGCUACAGGAUAACCCAGAUGGACAACAACUGCCUAAUUUCAACUCUUACUCUGCUGUGGACAGUCCUCUGAGUCCCCAGUUACUGGAGCACAACACCUCCCCUGCUAGUGCAAAAGCUAUAAACGACAGUGGUUUCCGGCUUAAGGAUGCCGGCCGGAGUGGUGGAAGCAAUGAAGGCAUAGAGUAUCAGGAUGAGGCCAUCCGCCGGAGACGUGUGGAUUUAGGCUCUAUGGCCUACUCUACAUCAGCCAUACAUGUCUCCACCUCUUCUCCUGUUUUUAGAUCCAAGCCAAACUUGCGACCCAAAGGUUUUACGUCUGACGAUGAUCUCUGCCUUCAGUCAACUGAUGUAGGGUUUUCUAACAGGCUGCAUGUGGCUAAAGGUUCUCCUGACUAUAUACAAGGGAGGUCAUCAAGUUUAUCCAGUGAUGAAGUAAUGUUUGGGCAAGAAACAUCUCCCCAUACUCCCACAAGUUCAGCAAGCAAAAAUGGAAUAAAGAGUUCUCCAGGUCAACAGAAACAUAUAGUUCCUACCCGGUCUGCUUCACCUGGAAGUGAAAUGGUCACCUUAGAAGAGUUCUUGCAGGAGAGCAAUAAUCAGUCUCCACCUUGUGUCAAAGCAGGCAGUCGUGAAGACCUAAUGAGUGAUUAUUUCAAGAAAAUUACUGAACCACCCCUCAUUAGGAAGUCACCUACUUUGAAGGAUGGUGCCAUAAUGCCCCGAGGCUAUGUCAUGCCAACUUUAAAAGGAAUUCAAGAUGAUUCUUUGGAUACAAGAUCUCAAAAGCCUGGCCAUAGUGUCAAACCAAAUGUUCGUAACCCUGCCCCUCAGAGGGUAGUUGGGGAGAGUACAUCUUCUGUCCAGCAGAGCCAAACAUUGCCAGUACGGUCAACUGGGGGAUUAAGGCCAACUGAAAGAGUGCUACAUUCUCAGCAGCUGGCAGUCUCAAGGAGUAGCAGCAAUAGUCUUUCUCGAGCAUACAGUUUGGCCUCUGCUGAUCUCCUUCGGUCAAGUGGACCAGACACAUACAGAUCAGAGAAUUCUCCAAAGCCUCAAACAGACACAAGCCAGAGUACUGGUGUGAUUCUGCGGAGGCCAGCUGCACCUUGCCGUGAGAGACCCCAGUCUGCUAGGCUAUCUGGAAUGUCUUCUCCGAGUGGAGAGCUUCAGUACCGCUCUUUUGACCCCAGACGACUGUCACUUGCACCACCAAAAAGUGAAAGGCCCCUUUCACCUUCUCAACAGCUCUACUCCUCCAUACUAUCUACAAAUGGUUCCGGAGACUGUCCCAAUGCAGCAGUUGCUCCAGCAGAGAAAUUCAGCACAACAUCUUCCACACACUACUCAAUGCAGCAUUAUACACCCCCCAGGUGUGCACAGCAACAGCAGGUACGUCCCAUCACCCAACACCGGGGUGAAGUUGCAAUGGUAACCCCAGUGAGAGCUGUGGUUUCCCCAAAGGAAGAAGAGGACAGUGGAGAGCUAAGACACAGAGAUACAAGUGGUUCAAAGAGUCUAGACAAAUCUCUUGAAGGGGGUGGCAGUUCUGGGGGAACCACUAAGGAGGAUCUUUGUGCUUCUAAGAGCACUCCAGCUUCCCCUGAUCCUAAUAAUGACCCACAGACUGUAUGGUAUGAAUAUGGCUGUGUAUAAAUACCUGUCACGCUUUUUUAAUUUACCCUCUUCCUGGGAUGGAUGUGGUUUUACUUUCUUCUUUUUCUGGCUGCCCACUGUUCGCUUCCAUUCUAGUUGGUAGCUAGUUCCCAGUGUACCAAGGCUUGUAAUGUACAGCCUGCAGUCUGUGGGUUUGCACUUUCUGGAGAAGUAACGCCAGACAUAUGUGUUACUUCUCCAUUCCUAGCUGCUCUGAAGUAACUGUUUUACUACACAUGUUGCACUGGUGGAUGCUUUCCAGGCCACCCUCAUUCAAAUCAUUCUACUGAGCAGAUUCUCGGCUCUGCUGCUGAAAACCGAACUGAUGCCAUUCUCCUCCAGCAGUGUUGGUCAUACUGCCAAUUGGAAGAUUUGAACAUUUUGAACACUCACAUGGCAACAGAUGUCAUUUCCUCACUACUUGCAAUUUUGUGUGUUUCAUUUCUUUUCAUUAAAUCAUUGUGCAGGAAUGAGCUGUUACCGGAGAUGAUGUACAAUAAACAACAUGUCUGGUAAGUGGGCAGACCGCCUGACAGUGGUCAUCAAAAGGAAUUGCCCAAGAAGAGAAAUCCUUAAAGUCAGAAGGAAAUUGCUGAUACUUGCCAUUUUCUGUAGAGAGCCGUCAUUGACUGAGAGUAAGCCUGCUGCUUUAACCUGACUGUUAAUUCUUGAGUCCACUAUCUUCUUCUUAAUGGAUGACUUGUGCACAGACUUCAGUUAGCCAUGUAUGCUGACACUGAAUAUGAGCUGAUUGUGGUUGAGCAAACUAUAUUAAUGGUGUCUUGCUGCUGGCCCCUUGUCUAAGCUACUAAUGCAAGGCCAAGAGAGCCCAUUGUCUUUACACUGGAUUUUCAGCAUACCCCAUUGCAAGUCUCUAUGUGCCAGGGGAUGCCUUUCUAAAAAUUUAGGCCCUGAUUCUGUUUUUCUCUACAGAGGUACUAUUUAUUUUGUGUAAGAUUUUCAGACACUACAGAAGUGCUUUACUUGUCCAUGACUGUGUCCGCCUUAAUUACUGUCCGUCUCCUGUCCCUGUCUGUCUUGAUUGUUGAAAAAGGGCUUUUUUUAUUGAAAAAGAUACAUUUGUUAAUAAAAAAAAAUCUUGAUUAUA